AAAGUCCUACAAAAAUUAUAGUAAACGGCGAUGACUCUGAAGUUCUCCAACAUUUUUACACCUCCAUCUUUCUCCAAAACAAUUCUUCACAAUUCGCUAAAGUUACCAACUUAUAGGGUUUUAUCUCUUCAUUUUCGGUCUCCCGUGAUGUCAGUUUCUUCGCAAGCUCUUCCUCCUACUGUCCAUACUGUCACCAUUCCUUUUUCCGACAUCCAAGACAAAAGCGCAGAUUUGUCAGCCAUGAUUGAAGAAGGUUUUGGACCUAACGGACUUGGAAUUAUCUCAAUUUCCAGUGUUCCUGGUUUUUCUUCACUACGUAAGUCUCUUCUACGUCUUUCACCAAAAUUAGCCAAACUUUCAGAAGAAGAGAAGAAAGUACUUGAAGAUCCCGAUAGCAGGUACAACUAUGGCUGGAGUCAUGGGAAAGAGAAGCUUGAAUCUGGGAAGCCUGAUAUGUUAAAAGGCUCAUUUUAUGCAAAUCCUAUUUUAGAUGUGCCGACAACGGAUCAAAAUCUUAUUAAAAGGUACCCAGCAUAUUGUGGGAGGAAUAUAUGGCCACAAAAAGCUUUGCCAGAACUAGAAGUUGCAUUUAAAACACUUGGAAGGAUAAUGCUUGAUGUUGGCCUGAUGGUGGCGUAUCAUUGUGAUCGAUACGUGUCAAAAGGCAUGAAAGUAGGUGUAGAUGAUGGCCUUGAGCAUAUAAUUCACCGUUCUCGCUGUCACAAGGGCCGACUUUUGUACUACUUCCCAACACAGGAGAGUGACUAUUGUAAAAACGACUGGAUGUCUUCAUGGUGUGGAUGGCAUACAGACCAUGGUUCCCUAACAGGUCUUACAUGUGGCAUGUUUCUAAAAGAUAGUGUUCAAGUGGCUUGUCCCGAUAAAGCUGCUGGCCUUUAUGUGAAAAACAGGAAUGAUGAAGUUAUCAAGGUUGUGUUUGGAGAAGAUGAAAUAGCAUAUCAGAUUGGUGAAACUACUGAAAUUCUAUCAGAAGGCUACCUUCAUGCCACGCCUCAUUGUGUUCGGGCACCACGUGGAACGGGGGUAUCUGGUCUUGAACGGUCAACCUUUGCACUAUUUAUGCAACCUGAUUGGAGUGAAAAGCUCAAAUUUCCAGAAAUCGUUCAUAUCCACAAAGAGGUUUUAGCCUUUCAAACCAGGCCUAGGCGGGAGCUACUUGGCAUGGGGUAAUGACAUGUUGCAUGGACAACAUGAAGCAUACGAAAGAGAUUUUUGAGGUAGAGCAUAAUCAACGAGGAAGGAUCAAAUUUCGACUAAAUAUGAUGAACAUGAACGAAAAGAAAGUGGAAUAUUUACUCUAAAGCAUGAUUACGUGGAGAAGCUGUAACUGAGUGUCAUUUCAUAAUCUCUUUUCUGCUAAUGUAGUUAGUGUAUGUUCUAUUACGGUGCACUGUAAUCUAAUCCCUACUCUUUGCCAGUUGAUUCCUUCAAAGAGUAUGCUGACUUUCGGAGAGUAUACAGAGAAGCUUUUGGACAAAUACUACCAUCUUAAAACAUGAAGAGCUGCUAUUGUCAUAGAUUUGGGGUUAUGAUUGAUUGUCUGGGUAAAUACACUUGGUCUCAAUAAGUCUUCUCAGUAUCGAACAUAGUUCUGUAAAUUUAGAGCUAUCUUUUACUUUACAUCUUAAGAUUGCGAAUAGUACUGUUAAACUGAAUGAAUAAGUCUAGAUUUAGAUUUAGAAGGUUUUCAACAAUGUAAAUAUAUAGUAGAUAACUAGAUAGUUAUUCAUAUGCCAAGUUCUGAUUGUAUACUACUUACUCUUAUGUUUUCUUUUUUCGUGAUGUUUUGAACGUUGAUACUAGUUUAACAGUGUGAUACACCGUCAGUCGCUCUGUCUUUCUAUAUUGCAUCGGAUAAUGACAUAUCUUGUCGCAGAAUAUCAUUAUCUGUGGUAAUCUAAAAGAAAGAAUAGAUGACAGUUGAUUUUUUCUAAUUAGACCCAGAUG